GACGCAGUUGUGUCGAGGUCUGUCUCCGAUGAGCGUCUUAUCGUAUGCGUGUGUUGAUCGUAAGGUCAUGUGUGUGUGUAUUGCGUAUCCAGCUCCAGUCGUCACGUGAUGCUGUUAUUUUGUGCACCUUCCCUCCGCCACCCAUGUUUCUCUUUUCAGUUUUUGAUUUGCAUAAUAGCUCCAUGUAGUGAAUGAACUGUGUCCGUUACUAACCCUGAAUUGGACCCGGGGUAGCUCAGGCAGUAUGACUAGGUUCCUGGCUGGGCAACCAAGGUAUGGGGGUUCAAUUCCCCGGCAGGUUCAUUUCAUUCUUCUCAGUGUCUAGACCUGCUGUAGGGCCCGCCCAGCCGGAGGAUCCUCAUGGGGUAAAGCGGUCGGAUCAUGAAGCUGUCCUACGUCAGUCUACCGGGGAGGUGACACCUCUUCAUGUUGUGGUGCCUAAUUAAGCUGAGGGACAAAUUUGCCUUUAUUAAUUCUGUGUAUGCGGCAACAUAGCCGAUCUUUAGAAGGUUCUCGUAACCCUGUGUGUCGCCCAGUACCUCUAGGUGAAUGGUAGCUCGUUCUUACAGAUUACAUUGCGUUUGCUCCUACGUGGGCCCUCGCCAAGGUCAUUAGACGCUGCACAACUUGCAGCUUGUGGGGUAGGACCGCAUGCUUACAGGCCUCUUGUCCUCAGAGAGACUUGCCGAUUAUCCGCUUUCUGGUUGAUUAUGUUCGUGAUUUUAAUAUCGCGUCUGAUAGCAGCAGAUCAUAGGAUGACUGAUGAAUUGGAAAGGAUUUGAAAGGAGGUUGUCGUGGCCUAAUCGAGGUAUUAUCCUGGCAUUCACCUGUAGGGACUGAGUAAAGUGUUCAAAACCCUGAUCAAGAUUUUCGAUUACUUGGCCAAAAUUCGAACCAAGCGCCUCUUGAACGCAAGUCUUGAGCGUUACUAGUAUACAUCAUCCAGCUCAGUGACAUAUUAUUUCUAACCCCGUAAAGCACAGUGCACCAUACCAAGAAGUUGGAAGGGGAGUGUAGGUUCAUGCAGGCUUCAUUAUGGCAGUAGUUGAAGAUAAGUGGUCAGCUUCACAUCCGAGCUGCUUUAGUCCUGUGGAAAGAGUUCUGCACAGCGUCAGUAAACUUGUACCAGGUUACUCAGUGUCACAUGUCAUACAAAAGUACUGUUUGUAAUCACUGCUGUGAGAACCUCAAUUCGAAGACAUUACCAUUAUUUAGAAAAUAUGUGUGGGUGGGGGGGACAAGUGUGAACAUUGCAAGAACUUAAGAUAUACUCGGAGUUACAACUCACAGGUGGUCAGAUGAUUAAUUAGCCCCUUAGAGCUGGGCAGCACAUUGCAACAUAGUGCACUCCUCAUUUUGGCACCCAUCCAAGAUUUGUAUUCUUUGGGAACUUCUUGCAUGGAGGGUGUAGCAUGGAUGGCUGAGCAGCAGGUGCACAGAAUAAUUGUUGCACCAUUUCAGUACUCUGUGUUGAAUGUUCCCAUUAGUGCUGAAUAUAUGUGGUUCAGACAUCAAGUUGAAAUUGUCCAUAUAUUGGGGCUAUAGCAGUGAUGAUAAUUUGUGUGACAGUUGUGUGAAAUGUCCUGGGGAAGUAAUAGCCACAAACAUUAUUGAAAAUCUUCGUCAUCGUUAUGUGAAAAGAAAGUGCACAUCACAUGUUAUAUCAAGCUUUAUUAUUAAAUGACUCAUUUCAUAUUGCUAUGGAGUCCCCUGUAAUGAGAUAUUGAGUGAUGAGAUAAUAGAACAUGAAAGACUCGUGGAUUUUAUUCUCUCCUGCUCUUGAACAUGCAGGCAAGCCCUUGACAGCUAGCUGCGAGUGAGAGCGUGAUGUUUUCUACAACAUGUAUAGACAAUCUGGCAUUUCACAAGAAUGGUCUGUGCAUGCUCAGCUCACAAUAUCUCAUCAUCGCCCAACUGAUGGUGUUGUACCGGACAUGCCACCACCACGUACCACAGCUGCUGCUGCUCCUUGUCCAGAGCAUGAUUCUGGCGGUGUCCGCAUGCAGUAUGAAUGGGGUGGUCAACCCACUUCGCCGCCGCCACCACCACCACCUACAACAAACAUUCCACUUAGAAACUCUUAUGGAUUCCAACGUGGCAACAUCCUCUUCACCACUUGUCCUCCACCUCGAGAACCCCAGCCUGCCCCAACAUCAACCCUGCGAUCAGGUCAACACCUGCUGGACUCUGGGUACAGCAGUGAGCAGGUGUCACCAGGAUCGUACGGAAGCCUCCCUACACGCAGGUCCACCCAGCCCUACGAUCGUCGCUGUAGGAGCACAUGCAGCAUCAUUCUGUCUGGUGCCGAGAGCCAGGGAGUUGCAAGUGCUUCCAUGAGAUCUAAUGUGGACACUGACAAUGCAGGGUGCAGUGACCCUAUCUGCUUCCAUCGCCGGAACACUUCCCCGUUGCAGAAUCAUGAGCAGGUUAGACCCAGAAGCUCAGACUUUGCUCCGUUGCCCAAUGCUUGCGAAGUUUGUGGAGGUGGCAGGAGCCCCACUGCUAUCAGGCGAGCAACAGCAGCGAAUACUUUCACGACACACUUUUGCACGCGUGUACCAGAUCGAUUAUCACGGGAUGUAGACAGACUGAACCGUGAUGUUGCAUCUCAGACUUCGGACCACAUGAUUAGUACCACAGCACCUGGUUUGGAUGUGGCUUCAGCCUGCAAAAGUAAGCCCACUCAACCCAAGAUGGGAAACAGAGCGGUAUAUGGGGGUGCAAGGCGGAAGACAGAUUCAGAACUUCUGCAGCUUCCAGUGAUUAACGUACCAGAACCCAACAUUGAACUCAUGAAGCCAGCCUCCCGCUCUCCAGCACGUCGAUUGACCCGCUCACCAGCUCGACUACGGGGUCAGUCCCCUCUUCUGUCUGGUGACCCAGGUCACAAGUCUCGGGGUUCGCAGUGCACGCCUAACCAGUCUGGGGACAAGGGACAGCACAAGCCUCGCACUGUUCAUAUCGAUGUAUACUGUACUGGUUCCGAGGAUGCUGAUGCCAGUGGUUCCAGUGAUGAAUCACAGGUUUCUGAUUCAUUGUCAUCUCCACAGACUGUGUUCGAAUCAGAAAAGCUCAGAGUGGUUCACACUCGCAUAGGAAAAAAUAGGUUACCCGCAGGUUAUCUCCGUCGGCAGCAGCACCAAGAAAAAGCUGCAGGUGUUACAUCUCGCCAUAGUGAAAGCUUCAAAUAUGAGGCAGCUCAUGCAGGAGAUGAACGGCAGACAGUGCGGGGCUAUGACAGUGACGAUGGCUUGAGCUCCCACUACCCCUCCCAGAUGAGUUCCUGCUCCACUCUUCGAGGGGCAACAGAGACAAGCGUGCCACAGAGUGAAGCCACGGCCUCCACGUCUCGAAAUCCCUCAUCAUCCACCAUCUCUUCAUCGAGCAUGGCACUGAGCGAUGAAUAUGACUCUGCAGCAGCAACUUCAUGGAAGGACACAGUCACUGAGUUAGACUCCUUGGUUCACAGCACACUGAGCCUUGCACAGAGUGAGAGCUUUGAGUAUGCCGAUGCAGCAGAUAGACUGAGAAUUCGUGAGAAGGAGAGAGCGUGGGGUGGCACUGGGGAUGACGGAGAAGGCUCAAAAACUUGGAGGUCCCCACACGUUGAGCGAAAGCAUCUCCUGCAGCAACAGAAACUUAAGGAAUUCCUAGAGAAACAUGGAAAGUCAGCUUUUCCACUGUGGAAAGCUGAAACAACAGAAGAUUCAGAUGAUGAUGAAACGGGUGAUGCAUGGAGUUUCUGUGGUCGAGAGACAGAAUUUUCUCCGCGACCUGCAGGUAAAGCUCUCAGGAGAGAGGAUACAGUGAAGAGAGUCAGUUCAGGGAAGAACAAGGAAGAAGUGAGGUUGGUGACUCCUGCUAAAGGUGCAGUUGCAGCAAAGGCUUCUGCUUUACUGAAGCCCCCAGCCCAGGAUACUGGAAGCCUUAGUGAUUCUGGCCCACACAGAUUUAUACGUCGCACAGCCAUUGGGCCAUUUGGUUACAGAACACCAUCACCUCCACCAUCCAAAGUUGCUAGUACCAUUACAUCACCAUUCACAAAUAUCCCUGGUAAACGGACUGAUCAGUUAUCCAAAGCAGAAAAGUUUGGUACAAUCAUCGGUACAUUUCGAAAACCUGGUCAUCAUGUGGGACCUUCAAAAAAUCCAGAAUGCGCAUGUGAACAUUGUCGGAAGUACUAUGAAGACAGUGGUUACCGCACCCGAACACAUUCUGUUGGAGACAUACCAUUGGACAGUAUGCGGUAUAACUGGAAGAGCACACAGCGUCGUAACUGUGAUGGUGUUGCCAGUGUAGCCGGUAGAGGUUCUGACGUGGAAAGAAGCAGCAUUGCAGAAGAUGCAUCCACUGAUAAUGAGGAGGAGGGUAACACUUCGCUGGUGUGAUUGUUGGUGAAGAUGACACAAUAAAUAGAAUAGAGAAUAAAGAGAGAAAUCGUCUGGCAUGGCAUUUCUGUCCCAUACCUUUUUCUUUUUCCCAUUUGUUAAAUGUAAUUUUUUACAAUCAGAUACUCACUGGCAGCUUUAAGAGUGAUCUAACUUAGUAACUUAAACUUUGUGGUGAUACUGUUGAACAAGAAUUAGAAUCUGAAGACACUGAAAGGACCUGAAGAAGGCAGAUAAUUGGAGACUGGUAAACAUAGCAGCAGUGAGUGAUCCGUACUUGACAGCUCAUUGGAGGUUUUCUUAAUUAUAGACAGCUCUUGUAAAUAUAUAUGUGUGCUUACUUGAUAAUUAAGAGUGUUGAAUGCUGCAAGCUACACACGUUUAUAUGAAAGUAAAUUAAUUUAAUGAUACCUGUCAGACUGCUUGCUUAAGGAACGAUAGGUAGAAGUAGUGUAAAUAUGCUAAGAUGAUUUUCAUGCUGUGAACGUUCUUUCCACUUCCCUGUAAAGUUUUGGUGUGCUCCAAACUGCACAAGGUCAUAAAUUAUUCUGUCAUAUUGAGGGUUCAGUUUUAGUGCCUUAUGGGGUCUGAAAUUGUACAGUGCCCUGUAAUUCAUGUUUCUUCUCCCCCCCCCCACAAGAAGAAUUCACAAUUGGAUUACUCAUUUAAAAUGUAAUUUGACAUUUUGGAUUGCUCUGUGCUCCACAGACGACCCCGGUUAGACCAUAUUGGAUUUGUGGUAAACAGCGGUAUUGAAACAGGUUUCUUUUCUGAGCACCUGGGUUUCCCUGUUACAGUGAUAAAGCCACCGGUAUCAUCAAGGGCUGGUACAGGAAGCUUACUGAGGCUGCAGUACCAGGGGAUGCUCAUGCUCACCCCAUGACUACAUCCAUCCAACUGGUUGCAUGCUGCAGAACUUAGUGCAGGAGACUUGUCAUGAAGGAACAUGAGUGUUUCAGGCCUGUCUUUCUUCUAGUGACUGUAAUAUGGAGGUCCCACAUUUGAUCCCCAGUAACGUGUGAAGGUUUUUCUACUCACAUUGAAACCUUGACCUCCACAAAAAUUUUGGAAUGUGAAGACUGCGAGACGCACACCCUGCAGCGGUUUGGAGCUCACGUUAAGCUAUAGGCCUCACUCUUAUGAUUGCCCUGUCACUGGGGGUGACAGAAUCUAUCUUAUGUGUACCCCCAUAUCAGAAAUAGAUUCUUUGCCCUUGUCUGGACAGGCAGAGGUCAGAAGGCUUGGAAUUACUAUUUCAUGUUAUUCAUUUAUUAAAGUACAGUCAUAGUCAAGGAACUUUUCAGUUGAAUAAAAUGUAUAUACAAAUAUUAUGUUUCUGGACAUUAUUAUUAAAAUGUAUAUGCUUGAUUUAUCAAGUAAAACUAUAAAUACUAUAAAGAAUGAAGCAUAAAAUCUGUUAGAAAAGAAAUUGAUCUUGAAGUAAUUAUAAAUAAAUGUAAGAGUAUGAAGAGGAUACAAAACUGAAAUGAGCAUCAGUUGUAGCACCUUAAAUACAUGAAUGAUUUUAAUGUUUCA